AUGACCAUGAUGACCCGGGAAGGUCCUGAGCCCGCCCACCGCCUCCUCGAUUUCGUGAACGCGUCUCCCACUCCCUUCCACGCCGUGGCUGCUGCCUCCGCCCUCCUUGAGAAGGCCGGCUUCACCAAGAUCCACGAACAGGAUGACUGGGAGAAAGAUGUGAAGCCUAGCGGCAAGUACUACUUCACUCGUAACCAGAGCGCCAUCCUUGCCUUCACCAUCCCCAAGGGAUGGCAGCCUGGUGCUGGUCUGUCCAUCGUCGCUACGCACAUCGAUAGCCCCAACCUCCGAAUCAGGCCUGUUUCCAAGCGCUCUAAGCUGGGUUACAUGCAAGUUGGUGUCGAGACCUACGGAGGAGGCACCUGGCACACCUGGUUCGAUCGCGACCUCGGUGUCGCUGGGAGGGUCGUCGUUGCAGACAAGAGCGGAAACUUCCAUACCAAGCUUGUCAAGAUCGACAAGCCCAUCAUGCGCAUCCCGAACCUUGCCAUUCACUUGGAACGAGGGUCCGCUGACAACUUCAAGUUCAACAUGGAGUCCGAAUUUGUUCCAAUCUUGGCACUCGAACACCAGUUGAAUGCGAAAGGUGAAGAUACUCGAAGUUCACAGACGUCUCCAAGCGCGUCAAGCAUCCAGGCCAACCACCACCCUGCACUCCUCAAACUGCUAGCCACCGAACUAUCGGUUGCUCCGGAGACCAUUCACGAUUUCGAGCUGCAUCUCUUCGACGUCAACAAAUCGGUUCUUGGUGGUCUCAACAGCGAGUUUGUUUUCAGUCCUCGGCUUGACAACCAGUUUUCAUCGUACUGCGCCGUUGAAGCCAUCGCCAACUUUGCUUCCUCAAGCCACUUCGCCGCUCUUGAGGGCAACGUGGCAUGCAUCUCGCUCUUCAACCAUGAAGAGAUUGGUUCAGUCUCGACCACGGGAGCGGAGUCUUCUCUCGUCCCGUUCCUCUUGCAACGCCUCUCACCAGCCCCGGGAGCAUACGCCCAGUCUGUUGCCCGGUCUUUCCUCAUCAGUGCCGAUAUGGGUCAUGCGGUGCAUCCGAACUACGCAAGCAAGCAUGAAGAUAAUCACGCACCAAGGAUGAACGGAGGAGUUAUAAUCAAGACGAACGCGAAACAACGCUACGCAAGUGACUCUGUUGGCAGCUUCCUCGUGAAGAAGCUGAUCGAGAAGAGGAACGGCAAAGUUCAGGAAUACGAGGUCCGGAACGAUAUGGCGUGUGGUUCUACUGUCGGCCCCUUUUUAUCGAAGAUUGGGGUGCGAACGGUGGACAUCGGUUGCGCCAUGCUUGCUAUGCACUCCAUUCGCGAGACGGCAGGGUCAUACGACGUUCAGAACUACAUCGACCUGUUCGAAGAGUUUUUCGCUGGGUUUUCGACACUGGAUAAGUCGCUGUCUUUUGAGUAA